AAAAUACUUGAACAUUUAAAAACAUUUUUUUAAACGGUUUCUGAACUUUAUUGUGUCGGUUCGUUGGCCGGAGACUGCUUUAGUAACAGUUGCUAGGGAAACCCCGGUCCGGGACGCUACCAGCUUCACGCGCAGACGGGCCAGAACAUUCUAGAACUCCCCUGCUGCUGCGAGUCUGUAGGUUUAAGCUUGACACAAUAAAAAGUCUGAACAGUGAACAUCAGGAUGUCGACACUUCCCGCCAAGCCUGGCCUGCGUCGCAGCGUUCCUGAUUGGUUCGGUAACAACCAGCAGCUGUCCGCUACGGCCCAACAUGAGCGCCACGUUUCCACCACCAUCCGACAGGAGGGAAGGUCUCUGCGCAACCAGACCCGCUCUCAGACGGUGUGGGAUGAGAGCGACUCCUCUCGCAGGCUCCGGGACCGGGUUUGGGACGUGUCUCGAUGGAGGGAUGUGCUGGAGAGCUGUGCUCUGAAGGUGGACGACGAGAUGGAGGCUCUGACUCUGACCAAAGAGCUGAGCGAGCAGGCCCUGGCCGCCACCGCCGUGCCCCUGGAGGUCAGCACCGAGUGCCUGACGCUGAGGGAGGGCCGGCAGGGCUGCGAGCUGGUCACCGACUCGGUGGAGGAGCAGCUCAGGAAAGAAGUGGAGCUGAUUGAGCGGGUGCAGCUGAGCCUGCAGCAGCAGAUCGACCAGGCCUUUGAGCAGCUGUGCAUUCUGCAGGAGACUCGACACCAGCUGACCACCGACCUCCAGAACAAGAUGGAGGCUCUGGAAAUCGACAAGUCCUGCCUGUCACUCACGAUAGAGUCAUCCAAUAUCUCCCUGAAGACCAACCCGACCCGCAUACCACCAGGGUCCAGCACCCCCCAGGAGUGGGUCCAGUUCAGCCAGUACAAUGUGGUCCGUGCCCAGGAGGCCAUGCAGGCGUCCCAGCAAACCAGGGAGAACAUGGACCUCAGCAGAGCCCAGCUGAGGAAUGAGCUGGAGACUCAGUUUAGGGCCACUGAGUUUGCUCUCCGAAAACGCACCCACCUGGAGGAGCAGGCCCGGGACGAGCUGCAGUGGCAGAGCACCAAGACUGAGGAGGAGAUGGCUGAGAUGGAGAGGGACAUCCAGGGGCUGGAGGCAGACCUCCUGGCUAAGACCGCCUGCCUGAAGCUGGCUCACACCCGGCUGGACACCAGGACCCAGAGGCCAGGCCAGCUGGAGGCCACCAUCCUGGUUCUGAGGCAAAAACUCUCCGAGGCCCAACUGUCCCUGCAGAAGAUGAAGCUCCACCAGGCCCGGAUGCUGCAGGACCUCAGCAGGAAGCAGGAAGCUGUGUCUCUGGAGCAGCGCAGCCUGAGCAGCCGGGCCCGCAUCGCCACGGCAACCGCUGCCGCCGCCACGGCCACGCCGCCCCACGUCCCGCUCACAAACUCCAGCGGGAGGAGCGGCCUGCAGCUGCUGGCCCUGUGA